CAAACCCGGUCACCUUCUGUCCGCGCAUUUAGGAGUUUAGGUUACUGCUGUUCAGCAUGCAGCUCUGCGCUACGUUCACUGUUCUUGGGCUCCUGGUAAUGGGGUCACGGGCGCAGGGGUUGAUGCCCACCAUCAGCUUACCUCCCUGUGACUCCCUGGAGGUUGAAGCAGCGGCUCUGGUGGCACAGGAUUUCCUCAAUGCUCAGCACACACAUGGCUACAAAUACGUCCUGAAUCAAAUCGACAAAGUCAGGAUCGUCUCCACGCCACUUCAAGGAGACACAUAUCAUCUGGAAUUAGAUUUGCUGGAAACUACGUGUCAUGUCUUGGAUCCGACACCAGUGAGCCUUUGCCCAGUCAGGCAAAAAAUUAACACGGCUAUUGAGGCGGAUUGUGAUUUUGUAGUGACAAAUGCAACUCAAGGUCUGUCUGUUGUGGCGUUCAAGUGUAAAACUGAAACAGAAUCUGAAGACGAAUGUGUAGGGUGCCCUCAGCUCAUUUCGUUUAAUGACACCAACGGCCUCCAGCUCAUUGAAACCUCUUUAGAUCAUUUCAAUAAAAAUAAUACUCUCAACAGAAAGUUUGCACUCCUUGAAAUCGGACGCAUGGGAUCCCAGAUUGUCAGUGGUGGGCCCAAGUACUUUGCAGAAUAUGCCAUUAUUGGGACAAACUGCACAAGUCAAGAUGAUGACAUUUGCACCCCCCAGGAUCACACCGUUGCUACCCAUGGACUCUGUCUGGCUGAAGGUUCCAAUGUUGACUGCAAAAUCUUUGCCCCAACCCAAGCUGUGGACCCUGCGAGCAAUGCCACAGUGCGAGUCCAGCAACUUCUGCAUGCACACACCUUUGGACCUCAACACAACCCCGCCAUCCACGACCUCAAGCAUCACAAACUGACAGCGCUCCAUGACCCUUCAGCAAGCGGUCUGCUCUCUGCAGAAUCUAUUGAAUCAUCUGAGGAGGUGGUGGUGCCAAAGGAAGCUCCUAUUGUAAAGAGAGAGGUCGUUGCACCGGAAGUGCCAGCAGCAGAUUUAACAGUGUCAGACAAAGCACCCCUCCUUUCAGACCCGAUUCUCCUUGUUCCCAUUUGUCCAGGAAAAAAGAAACAUUUCUGACCUAAUCACAUUUCAUGAAUCAACCUAUAUAGAUAGCAUUAUCUCAUCUUGUUGAAUUCUGAAGUUGCAAACAAUCUAAUAAGUGCAGUUGGUCAGGAGUAAAGGUUUUAUAACAAAGCAGGUGCAUGUAUAAACCUGCCUGUGUUAUACAGUGGUGCUGUAAUAAAAUGUUUAUCAGUCUAA